AUGCCGGAGCAGAUACCGCUACAAUUGGAGAACGAUUUGAACGAUUCAGCGAAUUGGUCCGAAAUAAAUCGUACUACCGAAUCGACCAACAAGGUACCUCCAGAUGCCGUCACAAGUCGCAGUUCGCCGCGAUGUGAACUCGAGAGCUUCGCGUCGGAGGUGUCGGCGGCGCUGCAGAAGCUGCGCGAGAAGGACGUGCGCAUCAUCCUGGGCAACUUCAACGAGACGUGGGCGCGGCGCAUCUUCUGCGAGGCCUACAGGGAGAACAUGUACGGGCGCAAGUACCAGUGGAUCAUCAUGGGCACGUACUCGGAGGAGUGGUGGGCGCACGAGGACGAGGACGCCAACUGCAGCACGGCGCACGUGGCCGCGGCGCUGGAGGGCUGCAUCCUCACCGACCUGCUGCCGCUCUCCACCAACGGCGAGAUCACCGUCUCCGGCAUCACGGCCGAGGAGUACCGCCUGGAGUACGACUCGCGGCGCGGCGCCGAGUACUCCCGCUUCCACGGCUACACGUACGACGGCGUGUGGGCGGUGGCGCUGGCCAUCCAGCACGUGGCGCACCGCAUCCGCCACUUCCGCAAGAACCAGACGGUGGUGGACUUCCGGUACCGCGACCCGCUCUGGGAGCGGCUCUUCCUCGAGGCGCUCAAGAACACCUCCUUCGAGGGCGUCACGGGUCCAGUCCGUUUCUAUGACAACGAGCACGGGUCGGAGGUGAAGGUGGGCGAGUUCAACGGCGUGACGGAGCAGCUGGACCUGACCCGCGGCCACGCCAUCCAGUGGCCCCACGGCCGCCACCCGCCCAAGGACCGCACCCUCAAGCCAUCUCCUUCUAGUGAAGAUAUUCUUAUUGUUCCAAAAAAUGAACAUUGUCAAAGUAAAAGAAUGACUAUAUUUGUUAGUUCAAUAUAUGCCUACAAGGGAUUACUAAUGAUUUUUGGAGCAUUUCUUGCUUGGGAAACUCGUCAUGUAAGCAUUCCUGCUCUGAAUGACUCAAAAUACGUGGGCAUGAGUGUAUAUAAUGUAGUAAUAAUGCACAUUGUGUCUUGUAUUUGUUCCCAAGGAAGAAAACAACAUUUUCUACAAAACCACCAUCAAUAGCUGUAACAGGAAGCAAAGAAAUAAAAGUUGUCCCUCCUGGUCAAGCUGCACCAGUCCUCAGGCACGAGAAGGAAAUGCCAGCGCGAACAAAGCCCACGAUCACCAACGCAACUACCACUGCAAGUAUUGACGUUGCCGAUAGUAUGGCCACCCACCCUAUUGUCAGUGCUGACAGGCCUCGUUCUUCAGUUUUACGCCCAGAGGAUUCGGAACCACUUCUUAACGUAUCGAAUAUAAGCACCGGUGAAAGUAACGUUCAUUUCGUCCCGGAAAGCGUCGAAGAAGAAGAAGGCCAUCACGACAUUCUGGCCGAAGAGAAAUCGCUCAUCGAAGACUUACUGGAAGAUCAUUCAGACAGACCUCGCCUUCCCACACCACCCUCUUCACUAACGAAAGUUGUUUCAUUUGGGGACGUGACAAACAGUCCUCUCGGCUCAAUGACUGAAACGAUUUUACCUCCCCCGAAACAGUUUCACGCCAAACAUCGACACACUCCUUCGAUCUCGAGCACGCCGCACGCGCCGUUCCCGUCGGCCGCGCCGCAGCACUACGUCCCGCAGCCGCAGUACAGCCAACCUUCCAAAGGCAGCUACCACGCGCAGCCGCCGUACGUGCAGCCGCCGCCGUCGGCGCUGCGCAGGCGCUCCAGCGUGCGCAGCACGUCGUCGGGAGGCUCUGCGCCCGUCUCGCUGGGCAUGGGCCCGGGCGCGUCGGAGCGCAGACGGACUAGUGUGCCCGCAGGCAGCCUCCUGCCCGCGGCGGCGCAGCCGCACGGCCCAGCGCUGCACAACGUCUCGUACGCGUCGGACAACGUGCUCAGAAACGUCAAUAACAACAUGAUUUCCGAGGCAGUGGUGCCGCAGUACUACUACAUGGAAAGUGAUAAAUGUGAUUCUAAAGAGUACAUGAGAAAGCAAGCAGCACACUAUCAUGAAGAUCCGGAUGUUGUCAAUGUUAAAAUGCAAAGUCAUUCCAUGGACAGAAAUGCUGGAAGAUCUUCAAAAUGUAGAACUACACCCUUUUUGCUCAACGGAGGUGAUCUCCUUGUAUCAGGGAAUGCAUCAUCGCCAAAUGUGACUAGAGAUCAUGUUUCAGAGAAGAGCCGAGAACGCUCCGCUCAAGCCCACCGCUUGCCAUAUCAAUAUAGUAAUCAAUAUGUGCCAGCAGACACGGAAGCUCCUGCAAGAAGGCCCACAGGGGACAUAAGAAGCAGCAAUGUUGGCACUGUUGCACCUAUACCUCCUCUCAAACAACAGAAGUCAGCCCUUUCCCACGUCCACAGCACACCAAAUGUGGCCUCCAUUCGAGGGGGAAUUUAUUCUAAUGUUUCUUCAUAUGCCCGUCAUGGCAGUAAAACUGCUUCCUCUUCAUCGAUAACAAAUGUUACAGGAAUGUGUUCUGCUGUUUCUGAAGGUGAACUCUUGGAUUUAGCUAUUUUGCCCAUUUUUCAAAAGUUGUUGAGCGAAAGACAUAAAUCUAGAAGUGGAUAUGGAGCUUCAAUUGCUUCUUGUCCAAAUAUUUCAAUAAAAUGUGACAUUGUUGAAUAUUUAUAAACAUUUAGUACUAUUAGAUAGAUAACGAAAAGGCUGCAGAAAAAUCUGUAGGCCCCGUUUUGUUAUAACAUUGAGGACAAGGACUGAUUCUUCACCUAACUGACUGCAUAAAAUGUUGAAAGAUAAUAAUUUAUUUCAAGUAUUAAAAUGUCACCCUUCAUGUGCUGUGUGAAAAGAAAUGCAUGCAUCAAGCAGUCACUGUUCCUACGGAAGAACAAUGCACACAAAAUGACUUAUGAUGCAUGCCUUUCUCUUACUCUCAUUCUUGUUCAUUUCUGUCAAUACAUGGAAACUUGAGUAAAAUGUUUAUUAUUGGUGUUAAAAUAGAAGUACUGUUCAAUGUAGUAUUACACAUAGAUCCUUUUUUGCUAUUCAACAUCUUAAUUAGAGCGGAAAUGGAAAAUAAGAUACAGUACAUAAUUUUGAAUUUUUAUUGUUCAAAACAAACAAUUUUAAGAAGUGUGAUUGAGGUUGUUAUUUACUCUAUUGUAUAUGUGUCUGAAAAUAUGAAUGUACUUGCAAGUCAAUUUCAGUUAUUGUGUUCCGAAGUAUUUUAGUAAGAGAAUGCAUACUGUUCUAAGUGUAAAAGUACAUUUUAUCUAAAUUACUUCAAGCUUGUUUGUAUAACCAUUGUAGUGAAUGGAUUCACUAUUUGAACGGUAGUAUGCCUGAUAGUAUUUCAGGUAUGCUACAAUGUGCAAUGAAUUUUUGAAAAUAGAUGUUUCAGUUAAAAGUGUGCUCCCAAAAUGUGAAGAAAGAAAGAAAGAAAGAAAGAAAGAAAGAAAGAAAGAAAUGAGCAGCAGUAAGUGCAUGCUUCAAAGUUGCUGAAUGGGAGUAGUUAAAACCCAGUCCUCACUAUAUGUUGGCUUUAUACAAUAUAUAGCAUAAAAAAUGAUGGAGUGUCUCUCUCACAAGCAGAAAACAUGAAAUGAAUGUUUAGAACUGGAGAUAACACAUUAGCAAUUUACAGGAUAAUUAUAUUACUUGCAAGAUUGUUAACAUAAUGAAAUCCUCUUGUUUCUUAACAGGUAAUUUUGGUUUUAAAUGUCUCCAUGAUUUAUGUCUAUAUAACAUUGCUUUUAAAUUCAUAACAACUUAUGUCUUUAUAUUAGAUAGUAUAAUGAAAAAGAUACGUUGAAUUUACGAUGAUUUACCUGUUCUGUACUCAGUAUAGGAAAAUUGCUCAAAGAUUGUUGUAAAUUUGUUAAUUGCUGAUUCCUGUAAAUUAAUGUAAUGUAACACAAAAUUCUCUUCAACAUAUUAUUUAACAUUCCUGAAAAUGACACGUUAUUCACAGUUAAUAAAGUUAAAAAUUUUGAAUGAAUUCAGAAAGGUACCUGCAAAUUUUAUUCUGGAGAUUGAGUGAAGUUUUAUAAUAGAAAUUUUACAAAUGAAGAGAAUGGUAUUGUAUCAAACGUUAUCCAUUUCUGUUGGAAAUGUUUAAUAUUGAAAAGUCAAUGAUUAUAUAUCAUUUGAACCGUAGUAAUAUGUCCAUAUUAGUCAUGAAAAGUAAAUAAUUUCAAAUUGUUGCACAAAUAUGAAUGACUAGAAGUAAACACUUAUAUAGAAUGCUUCAAACAACUUUUAUUUAAUCUCACUUCAUGAAACAAAUUUAGCAAUUUCAAACAAAUCUAUAUACUGUAUAUGUUUGCAAAAGUUGAAUCCUUUUUAUUGCUUUUUAUUUAUUUAUUUUCUUUGUAUUCUCUUGUGUGUUUUUAUUUUCUUGAAUUUUUGUUCCCUCCUAUUCACUUAUAAUUUGCUCUGCUUUCACUAAUUUACUAAUAUUUUUUCUUUUUCUUUCUUCUUUGUCUUGCUCUGUUCUUGUUACAGUGAAUUCGAAUCUUUUUAUGAAUGGGCCUCAAAUUAAAUUGUAUUUAAACUGAGGAUAAAGAGGCUUCAAUAGCAUUUAAACUUAAAACUUAAUAUAAAAAAUUGAAAACAUUGCAAAACAGUAUAAAUAAAUCACUAGUUUAACUUCACAAUGUAAUCUAGAAUUCUCCAAAAUUUCCCUUUCAUAUAGUUUAAUUUUGGCAUUAUUAAUAAUUUCAGCAUCAUUAUUGAUAUAAUUAUCUGAGAUCUCAUUCCCAUUUAAAUAUUACUUAUGUCCUCAUACAUUAUUUUUGACUGAUGGGUCAAAAGUCACGACUCACUAUAAAUAAUAUCAAUUUUGUUGUAGUGAUCUUUCCAUUGAUUUCA